GGAGUGCAGGCGAGCUGAGCUCAGGCCGCUGCUCUCCGCCUCCUCCCUCUCCGAGCUGAGCUGGCUGAUGGAGCGCAGGGCUAGGGCUGGCUCUUGCCGAGCCCCUGGUCCCGGGUAGCCUGGUCCCCAGAGAGGGAGAGGCCUGUGCCCAGCAGAGCUCUGCUGGGCCCGGAGAGCUCCCCUCACCCCACCAUGCCUCUGUUGGACGUGUUUUGGGCUUGCUUCAGGAAAGUGAAGUGCUUCCCAUUGCUGCAGGGGAGGAAGAAUGCCGGACACAAUCUGAACUGGACUUUAAAGACUGUGAAUACAAAGUUCAAGUCGUCUUAACAAAACAGCCCUCUCGGAUGAUAACUUUCAUAGAGCUGCUUUCAAAACCAGACAGAAGCCAACCAGAUGCACACAGUAACCUCAGAGAAGCUGAGGCCAAAAAAGCAUGCAGGUGGCUCCGAGCGACAGGAUUCCCUCAGUAUGCUCAGCUUUUUGAAGAAGGUUCGUUUCCUGUGGAUAUUGGCUCUGUGAAGAAGGACCACGGUUUUCUGGACGAGGACUCUUUGGGGGCCUUGUGCAGGAGGCUGAUGACCUUGAACAGUUGUGCCUCGAUGAAACUGGAGGUUCAUUUUCAAUGCAAGCAGAAUGAAGACUCAGAGGAGGAAGAGCAUUGUACCAUCAGCAACCACUGGGCCUUCCAGCGAGAAAGUAAGCGCUGGUCUCACGUGGGCUCCUCUGACCUGCUGGCCCCACCAAGCCCUGGCUUACCAGUGACCUCCAGCUGUGAGAGCGUCCUCACUGAGCUUAGUGCCAUCUCCCUGCCAGCCAUCACUGUGAGCCUACCACCCGGGCCAGUGGACCUGCCCUUGCUAGGCUGUGCUCCCAGCCCAAGUGGCCGGCCCUUCCUCAGCCCCACUCAGAACCGGGAGACUCCACAGGACAAAGCCAAGAAGCACCGUUCCCGGAGCUUCCUCAAGCACCUUGAGUCUCUGAGGCGGAAGGAAAAGGGUGGCAGCCGGCAAGCAGAGCCAGAGCGCAGCUCAGCCACCUCGGAGAAGGCCACCAAAGCCGCCUCUUUCCGAAGUCGCCGUGGCUUCCUCUACAGGGCCAAGAACCGGGCGGCCACCUCAGCCAGUGGCGGUGGCACUGAGACUCAGAGGGCCUGGGAGGCCUGGCCUGUGGCCACAUUCCAGCAUCCUCGGCGGGCACACUGGGGUGACUGCCUGGUGCACGUGCCCAGGGACCACAAACCAGGCACGUUCCCUCGCUCCCUGUCCAUUGAGAGCCUGUGCCCUGAGGAUGGACACCACCUGGCAGAUCGGCAGCCAGGUAGCUGCUGGGGCUAUGAAGGGCGCCGGGGCUCCUGUGGCUCCGCGGGCAGCCACGCCAGCACCUAUGACAACAUGCCUGAGCUGUACCCAGCUGAGCCUGUCCUGGCUGGUGCCGAGGCUGAAGAGCAGGAGGAGCGUGGGGACAGCUACACGCACCUGGAUGACAUCCUCCAGCACGUGUGGGGGCUGCAGCAGCGGGUGGAGCUCUGGUCUCAGGCCAUGUACCCAGACCUGGGGCCUGGAGAUAAGGAAGAGGAAGAAGAGGAGGAAGCCGCCUCAUCGGUAGAAAUAGCCACCGGUGGAGUGGAAGGCCAGACCGAUGAGGCUCAGGCCCAGGAAGAGGCUCCAGCCCUCAGGGAGUCCUUAGCCCUGGGCCAGGCGGAUGUCCAGCCAGGAGUCCCGGCUCAGGCUCAGGCCCCAGCUGAGGCUGAGCUCCUGGCACUGGCAGAGGCCGGGGCUCCCGGCUUGGCCCAGGAUCAUGAGCAGGAGGCAAAUUCAGGCGGGGAACCCACCUCUGCCUCCAGUCUGUCUGUGGAAGAAGGACGCUCCAUUUCUGACACUGUGGCCUCCUCCAGUGAGCUGGACAGUAGCGGGAACUCCACAAACGAGACCGAGGCCACAGGGUCCCCGGCUGGACUCCAGGCAUCAGCACCCCGUGAACGACGAGAUUCAGGUGUUGGGGCCUCACUUACCAGACCCUGCAGGAAGCUCCGUUGGCACAGCUUCCAGAACUCCCACCGGCCCAGCCUCAAUUCGGAGUCGCUGGAGAUCAACCGGCAGUUUGCCAGCCAGAUCCACCUCUUGCACAAGGGCUCACUGCUGCGGCUCACCGCCUUCAUGGAGAAGUACACCGUCCCCCACAAACAGGGCUGGGUCUGGUCAGUGCCCAAGUUCAUGAAGAGGAACAAGACACCGGACUACCGGGGUCAGCAUGUGUUUGGGGUGCCGCCCCUCAUCCAUGUGCAGCGCACAGGCCAGCCACUACCCCAGAGCAUUCAGCAAGCCAUGCGCUACCUGCGUAGCCAGUGCCUGGACCAGGUGGGCAUCUUCCGCAAGUCCGGGGUGAAGUCCAGGAUCCAGAACCUGCGUCAAAUGAAUGAGACCUCCCCCGACAACGUCUGCUAUGAGGGCCAGUCUGCCUAUGAUGUGGCUGACCUGCUGAAGCAGUAUUUCCGGGACCUGCCUGAGCCAAUCUUCACCAGCAAGCUCACUCCCACUUUCCUACAGAUCUACCAGCUCCUCCCCAAGGAUCAAUGGUUGGCAGCCGCGCAAGCCGCCACCUUGCUGCUCCCCGAUGAGAACCGAGAGGUGCUACAGACCCUGCUCUAUUUCCUAAGCGACAUUGCCUCUGCUGAGGAAAACCAGAUGACAGCUGGUAACCUGGCUGUGUGCCUGGCACCUUCCAUCUUCCACCUCAACGUCUCCAAGAAGGAUAACCCUUCCCCCAGGAUCAAGAGCAAACGCAGCCUGGUUGGCCGGCCAGGCCCUAGGGACUUGAGUGAGAACAUGGCUGCCACCCAGGGCCUGUCACACAUGAUCAGUGACUGCAAGAAACUUUUCCAGGUGCCCCAGGACAUGGUGCUACAACUGUGUGGCUCCUACAGCGCAGCUGAGCUCAGCCCUCCGGGCCCAGCGCUGGCUGAGCUGCGGCAGGCCCGAGCUUCUGGCAUGAGCCUGAGCCUCUACAUGGAAGAGAGCAUCCAGGAGCUGCUGCGCGAUGCCGCUGAGCGCUUCAAGGGCUGGAUGAGUGUGCCAGGGCCCCAGCACACGGAGCUGGCUUGCAAGAAGGCACCAGACGGGCACCCGCUGUGUGUGUGGAAGGCAUCCGCAGAAGUGGCUGCCCCCCCGGCCGUGGUGCUACAGCGUGUCCUGCGGGAGAGGGCCCUCUGGGAUGAGGACCUUCUGCGGGCCCAGGUGUUGGAAGCCCUGAUGCCGGGUGUGGAGCUGUACCACUACGUCACCGACAGCAUGGCACCCCAUCCCUGCCGCGACUUUGUGGUGCUCCGGAUGUGGCGCUCUGACCUGCCCCGUGGGGGCUGCCUCCUCGUCUCUCAGUCCCUGGAUCCUGAGCAACCCGUGCCAGAGUCGGGGGUGCGGGCCCUCAUGCUCACCUCCCAGUACCUCAUGGAACCUUGCGGCCUGGGCCGCUCCCGGCUCACUCACAUCUGCCGCGCUGACCUCAGGGGCCGUUCUCCUGACUGGUACAACAAAGUCUUCGGGCACCUGUGUGCCAUGGAGGUGGCAAAGAUCCGGGACUCCUUCCCGACCCUGCAGGCAGCUGGCCCUGAGACAAAGUUGUGAGCCUUGGCCUGGCCCCAGAGUGGCACCAACGCAGUGAGGGGGAACGGGAGCAGAGCAGCCCCCGGAUGGAUGCUGCUUCCAAGGGUAGAGGCAAGGCCACGCGGUCGCCCUCACUUCCUGAAGCUCCUCCACAUGUACAGGGAAGGAAAAGCGAAUUUCAGUGUCCUGUCUCCACUCCACCUCCACCCGCAAACCUGUGUUCUGCCCUCCCGAGAGAGAGGAGUCAUUUUUGGAGCAGGAAGACGGCUACUGCCCUUCAAGUCCAAGGAGCCACCAGUCAGUCUGAAGCCUUCCCAGCUCCUCCGCCUGCGGGGUGAGGAGGCAGAGAGUAGUGUGUGCGCCUAGCUCUCUGCCAUUCUGAGAGGCCAAGCCAUCCUGUUCGGUGCUAGGGUCCCUUUGAGUGUGGACAGGACGUUCUGGUAGUGCCUUUGGGCCCAACAUUGGUCCUAAACUGGUUUUUGCAGAGAAUUUGGACUGGAGUGGAUGGGCACAGGGGCAGAGCACAGGGCAGCCCCAGCCACCAUGAGCUGUUUGAUUUGUGUAAAUAUGAUGCUGAUUUUUAUGAGGCUGAUUUAAAGAGGGGGCACUGAUGGGUCCCAGUAGGUGACAUGACGAUUUGGGAUAGCUUGGGAUGUGAGAGUGGGGGGAACCUUCCUUUCUCAGAUCUCAAGAGACCAAUGAACCAAUCUCCCCUGACUCGGGCCCCAUACUUUAUCUGCCACUGCCUGGGGUCCUGUGUAGCCAUUGGCCACGCACUGCCAUGUCUAGAGGGUAAACAGCCUCGCUCCCACCACACGGGCUGAGCAAAAGCAGAUGGUGGUGAGGAGACACUAUCUGUGUCCGCAUCGCCUUUCCUGCUCUUCCUGCCUGUGGUAGCAGGCUGAUAUGACAGUCCCUUCCUCCAGCAGAGACCUGGCCCCUGGUUCAAGCAGCCAGCCAGUCAGAUGGAAGGGCAUAAUGUCAUCUCAGCCUGCUGGGGCUUGAUCCAAACCUGACCUAUCCCACCCACCAACCAUCUUGGUUCACGUGCAAAGUCAAAUGCCAAACGCCAGCUGGUGCUUUAUUAUUAUUUUUGGCUGAAUAAACUGGAGUGGGAUGGGUUCCAGCCAGUCAGUUGUAAUGUUUAAACCUAUCUAUUUUAUUUGUACCUGUAAAUACUGUACAGUCAGAAUAUAAAAAAUGUAUUUGUGUAUAUAUAGAUACAUAUAUAUACACACACACACACAUCUAUAUAUACACACACGCACGCACACACACACACACACACACACACACACGUAUUCUAUCAUGAGUGUACCAUAAUCUGUUGGGUGGGGGCAGGGGUCUGGAAAGCCUCGGCGGGAAGGGCAUUUAAGAUGAGACAGGGGAGGUGGAGAGCAUGGUCCAUGUGAUCCCCCCCUAGUGGAACAAUAAAGCAUUCCUACAGAUGCA